AUGAUGAACGUCGCCGCGUCUCAUCGCUGGCUGCAUGAGGAGAUUGUAGAGGGCGCUACCGAGGAGACAAGUGGCUUCAAACAGGCGUCUCUACUCCAGUUGAUACUGACAGGCACGCUCUUUGGCCUCGUCCACGUCCUGACGGGUCCUGACCAUCUCAGCGCCUUAGCGACGCUCUCUGCAGGGACCUCGUGGCGCUCCUUUUCGCUCGGAAUCAGAUGGGGCUGCGGUCAUAGUAUCGGCCUUAUCGUCAUGGCCAUUGUCUUUAUUGCACUGGACGGGAAACUCGACUUUUCCGUGCUUAAUGUCGUGACAGACGUUAUUGCGGGUGUCUUUAUGAUUGGAUUGGGACUCUAUGGAGUGCUCGAAGGGGUGAAGAAGUCGAGACAGAGCAAGAGACGAGGGAUAUCCAGGAGGUAUCAGGAUAUCUCGGAGCAGAGAAAGAUGGAGAAUUGUGUGCAAUAG